GCGUAUCUCGACCUGGCUAGAUUGAGCUCUCGCGCCGUCCACCCCUCGAUCCUAGAGCCCGCGACUCUGCCUGGCCUCGACAUGGCACCGAAGAAGAUCGAUCCCGCAAAACGGGGCGACCUAUCUAUGGCACAAUUUGUAUACGACGGAGAUCUCGACCGGAGCGAGACUGCCACUGCUGUGCCACUGCAGCUCAAGAACACAACACCCUCUACUUCAACGCCUGCCACCCAGAUGGAAAUGGACGGGCCUGCUGAGACAAGUCUUCUCGGCGAAAAGGAUAAGGAGAAGGAUAAAGAAAAGAAGGAGAAAGAGAAGGAUACUGUCACUAUAGAGGACCUCACCUUGCCAAAGUCGAUUAUAACACGCUUAGCUAAGGGUGUUCUACCUUCGAACACCCAGAUUCAAGCAAAUGCCAUACUAGCCAUGAGCAAGAGCGCCACCAUCUUUAUCAAUCAUAUUGCUAAUGCAGCGAACGAGCAUACUCUAGAUAAUAAUAAAAAGACCAUAAUGCCUGGGGAUGUGUUUGCGGCGCUUGAGGAUAUCGAGUUUCCCUUCUUCCGUGAGCGUCUGGAAGCUGAAUUUAAAAAAUUCAAUGACACACAGACAACAAAACGUAAUACAUAUCGCCGCAAGGUAGCCGCACAAAAGAAGGCCCAGACGGAUGGAGCCGACCCCAACACCUCCUUGAUAUCCAUAGCCAGCACAGCCGCCGACUCCGACGCAGCCCCGCGGUCUAAAAAGCAAAAGCCAAACGCCGCCCACGAGGAAUCAGCCAUGGACGUCGACGGUGACGAAACGCAGGAACCGCGCGACGUUAGUGACGCCGACACGGAGCCCGAGCAAGAGCCCGAGGAAGACGAGGAAGACGAAGAAAAUGUCGCCGGCGAGGAAGAAGAGGAUGAUGAAGACGAAGAAGAAGAAAACGACGACGAGAUGCACGAUCGGCUCGAAGAACGGCCAAAUCGAGAAGACGACGACGACGACGACGCGCUGGAUAACGACGGAGACAGCGAUUAGUAUCUCGCGGAAAAUGAAGGGGGCAGCAUACUGGAUGACAGUGACGACUCACAAUCUGAAGAUGAGGCUUGCUGCUGUUGCUCCAGAAUUGGCGUCAUAUUAAACAUGAUCUUGCCGGAGAACACUAGAUGGUGAUAUGCAGGUUUACGCACUUAGAGGAAGACCUUUGCGUACUUUCGCGCACGAGAUACACACAAUGAACACACUAUCAUACGCUGCGCACAGUUACCCAGAAG